AAACCCGACAUCUUUCAAUGUUGAGCCUUCUCCAACCAUCUCAACUUUGAGCACCUGGCCUCGGAUAUAGGUGUCGAUCGGCUGCUGUUGUUACGAUUCUGAGUCACGACCCGACAUGAAAUCUAGCAGCUAGAAUAGACAAUAUCCAAAAAUACCUUCCUAUCCAUCCUCCUAGAUAUCCUCAACACUCUAGUCUCUCGCCAUGUCAUCCGAAGAAACGCACCCGCUCGCCGAGUCUGGUGUCACGAUGCACUCGGACAGCGAACAAUACUCAGCCGGCGAAGAUAUAUCAACCUCGCCACCUUCGACGUCCUCGCCGCCUAUAGUCCUCUACCGGCCCCCAACCGUCUGGUCUAUGCUCCGAGGUGCGGCCAUUAACCUGUUGUUACCAUUCAUCAACGGUAUGAUGUUAGGGUUUGGAGAGCUGUUUGCGCACGAAGCCGCAUUCAGGUUGGGGUGGGGAGGAACAAGAGUCUUCCCUCUAUCCCGACAACGAGUGCACCCCAUCGGCCCAGGUAUCGAGAUCCGCGAGCGACCAAGACCGCGACCAGACCUACGAGAUCUUGCGAGCUUGGAGUAGUUACUAUUCGAAUAACUAGCUACAAUUUGUACAUUUACGGUAGGGCCAAAAUGAAGAGGUAUCUCAUAGACAUGCAUACGCUAUAUGUAUCUCCGACACGCGGAAAUACAAUAUCUACCAAACUAGACGGCGGGAUGGAUGGAUGGUGAGGAAAACUAAAGGCAAAAGGAGACGGAUGUUGGGUAUUGUUUGUGUAUAAAGUUUCUUUCGACCAGAGACCUAGAUCUACACGAGGCCGUGGAUGUGGAAUGAUGAAUAAUUAAAUGUAAAUUCGUCUCAGAUUCAAGGGUCUUGAUAUUUGGGGCAUUUGGGCAUUAGGUACAUGCAUAUGCGCAUCUUGCAUGUCCAUCCAGGGUACUGUCUUGCCUUAGGAAUCCGUGAAUGUCUGCUACCUCAAGUAAUAGUAGCCUUGAGGUACUUAUCACUAUUGUCGAAUCUCUAGAUGUCUGCUUGGUACUGGGUGCACUUGGUAUACUCUGGUUGCAGUUCCUGAAUUCAAUGUUCUACCUACUAGGUACCUACUCGUUAUUGG